AUGGGUUUAGAGGACCAUGAGCUUGCUCGUCCGGAUGCAGUUUCUCCCACUCUUCGAUGCCCUAUUUGCACUGAUGUGUUUGCAGAGCCUGUUUCCUGCAGUUCUUGUCAGCAGGUUUUUUGCCGCAGUUGCAUUGAGCGUGCUGUUCUCACCUGCGAGCCAGUAUGUCCCACAUGCAGAGCACCCAUGACCAAAGACUUGCAGCCAAAUCUGGUUGUGAGCUCUUUGCUCAAUGAGCUGCAAGUCCGCUGCGUUCAUCCCGGCUGCUACUGGACUGGACGUUGGGACGAGCGACCUCUUCAUAGUUCCCACUGCUUGGCUCGAGAACUGCUCUUGAUGCAGGAGUGGAAGGCCGAAAUGGAGCACGUCCGGUCGAUGCUCAUCGAGAGAGAAAAGGAGAAGGGAGCAAUGCAUCAGCGGAUCAAGGAGCUGACAGAUCACACAAGUCGGCUUGAGGAAGAGGCCAAGGUGAAGCAGCUGCAAGUCAAUGUGAAGCAGAGCAUGCUAGACUUUAAGCAGCAAGAAGUGGAGGAUUUGCGACGACAACUGGGGCAGGUGAUCAAGCAGCAGCAUGCCAGCCACUUUCAUUUGCACUCGCUGUUCCCACUGCUCUUCUUGCUGCUUUUCGUGAUCCACUUGUUCUUCUUCUAUGAUACUUUGCCUCGCGGCUACGAUCGCGAAGCAGAUCGAGCCUUUGCCACGAACUCAGAACUCAUGCCCUACGGGCCGCCGAGAGAGGAAGCCGGGAAGGUGGCUGCCCAGCAAGUAAAACUGAAGAAGCUCCAGAGCCUAGAAACCGCUCAUCUCUGUGAACCAUGUUCGGACAACCCCAAGGGGGCUUCGGAGGCUUUGGCAACACCGGUGGUGGCCUCUUCGGUGCAACUCUCAGUUGGCAAAUUCAUGAUGUCGUUGGAUAAUGUGGCAACACUGGUGGGGGCAUGUUCGGUGCCAACUCCGGUGGCGGAAUGUUCGGACAGAACACUGGAGGGGGCCUCUUUGGUGCACAGAGCAGCCCAUUUGGAAACACAGGGGGUGGAGCUGGCGGGGGAUUGUUUGGACAGCCCCAGUCUGGUGGAGGCCUCUUUGGAUCUGGAGGCUGCGGCUGUGGCGGCGGAGGCUUUGGCUUCGGCCAAAGUGGCGGCAUGGGCCAAGGACAACCCACGGGUGGCCUAUUUGGAGGAGGAGGCUUCGGGCAGAGCCAGGCAUCUGGUGGUUUGUUCGGACAACCAGCAGGUGGCGGCGGCAUGUUCGGCCAGAGUUCAGGUGGAGGCCUUUUUGGACAACCUAGCUCUGGGCGGGAUGUUUGGCGGUGGCUUCGGCGGUACCGCAACAGGAACAACCACGAAGAUGCAGGAGAUCACCGACCAAGAAACCAAGCUCCGCAUGGAAGACUAUCAGGCCAACCGCUUGCAAGCAGGACAAGCUCCAGGUGCCUCAGGUGGCCUCUUUGGUCAAAGCUCCAGUCCCUUCGGUGCCAGCUCUGGCGGUGGCCUUUUUGCUGCGAACUCCGGAGGUGGCCUAUUCGGUCAAAACACGGCCGGCGGAGGCCUAUUUGGGCAAAACACCGGGGGCGGCCUCUUUGGUCAGCCGAAUAGCGGUGGGGGCCUGUUUGGUGCCAACACCGGCGGAGGAAUGUUCGGCCAGAAUACUGGAGGGAUGUUUGGCGGCAACACCGGUGGAGGCAUGUUUGGACAAAACACCGGCGGUGGCAUGUUCGGUCAGAGUAGUGGCGGUGGCUUGUUUGGUGGAAAUACGGGUGGUGGAAUGUUUGGAGCCAACACAGGUGGUGGCCUGUUUGGUCAGAACACUGGCGGUGGCCUCUUUGGGCAGAACACCGGAGGUGGAGGUCUGUUUGGCCAGAAUUCCGGUGGCGGCUUAUUCGGACAGAACACCGGUGGCGGCUUGUUUGGUGGGAACACUGGUGGCGGCUUGUUCGGGCAGAACACUGGAGGUGGCAUGUUUGGAGCCAACACCGGUGGCGGCUUAUUUGGCCAAAACACUGGUGGCGGGCUAUUUGGCGCCAAGCCCAGCGGUGGUGGUCUCUUUGGGGCAGCCUCUGGUCGGGGUGGUGGAUUGUUCGGUGGCAACACCGGUGGCGGGCUCUUUGGAAACACCGGCGGUGGCAUGUUCGGCGGCAACACAGGAGGGGGGAUGUUUGGCGGGAACACCGGUGGAGGCCUUUUUGGCAACACCGGCGGUGGCAUGUUUGGUGGAAAUACUGGUGGAGGCCUCUUUGGAGCGAAUACAGGUGGUGGCCUCUUUGGCCAGAGCAGCGGAGGUGGCCUGUUCGGUGCGAACACUGGAGGCGGCCUUUUCGGCAAUAGCGGUGGUGGCAUGUUCGGAGCCAACACCGGUGGAGGACUGUUUGGCAACACCGGAGGUGGCCUUUUCGGCGGCAAACCCAGUGGUGGAGGUCUGUUUGGUGCCAGUUCUGGUGGAGGCCUCUUUGGUGCGAACAGUGGAGGAGGCCUUUUCGGCGCGAAUUCUGGCGGUGGCUUAUUCGGAGCCAACUCUGGAGGAGGCCUUUUUGGUGCGAAUUCAGGUGGUGGCUUGUUCGGAGCCAACACAGGGGGGGGCCUUUUCGGCAAUACAGGAGGAGGCCUCUUCGGAAACUCAGGAGGUGGUUUGUUUGGAAACUCAGGUGGAGGACUCUUUGGUGCCAGCAGUGGUGGCAUGAUGGGUGCUUCUGGCGGAUUAUUUGGGAAUACAGGUCAGAUGGGCCAGAUGGGACUGGGAGGAGGUAUGGGUGCUAUGCCCAUCUCACCUGGAGAUCCCUAUGGUUUGAACGGCUUGGUGACUGCCAAUCAGGCACCGCCCAGACCACUGGGUCUGACUGUACCAAAGACGCCGUCAAAAGCCACAUCCGCAUACCUGUGGAAGUCACAGCCCGAAUCGGCAGCCAGAGUUCGCCAUUCAACGCCAUCACGGUCUACAUCCGAGGGCUCCUUUGCAGAUAGAUCUCCACGAAGCACAUCUUUUAGCCUUCCACCUUCGGCUGUGACCGAUCACAUCCGGUCGUAUGGUAGCUCCACACCAAGAAGCCGACCGGCCACCCCGACAUCUGGGCCGGAUGUCUCACCUUCGGCAUUCCUGCGAGUGUCAAUGAAGCCAAAGUCCCCCAAAUCGCCGACACCAAUGUCGCCAAGACGUACACCAGAGGAAGGUAUGCCACCAUUGAGGCGACCACGCGAUGUACAAAUAGAUGGAACGACGGGUGGGACUGGCACCCCUACUGCAGCAGAGGAGAUGCUGACGCCCACAUUGAAGCCGAUCAAACCAAACAUCAUUCGACACGGACCCGAGAGGUCGGAAGAGGCACCGUUGGCGGAAGUGGCGGCUGCUUCGUUGGUGCCAAAGCUCUCGCGAGCAGAUUAUUACAGCAAUCCAUCGAUUGAAGCUAUGUCCAGGAUGAGUGAAGCACAACUUAGUCGUAUCGACAACUUGGAGAUUGGUCGCUACGGCUAUGGCGCUGUCAAAUGGCCAGGACUCACUGACGUGCGAUGCCACGACUUUGAUCGGGAUGUUCGAAUCGAACGUGGCAGCCUGACGCUCUACCCCGACAGGGAGAAGCCAGAUAUCGGCCAAGGGCUCAACAAAGAAGCCGUGGUCACCUUGAAUGUGAAACCCACAAGGAAUGACGUGAAGCCCAAAAGCCUUGAACAGCUCCAGCAACGCUUGUCAAAGCUCUCCGAGGAGUUUGGUGGGAAAUUCAUCUCUUAUGACAUGGAGAAAUGGAUCUUUAGAGUUCCACACUUCAAUCGAUGACGGAGGUUCUUCUACUCCAAAAAGACUGGCAAAAGUAUGGCUGGCUGGAACCCUGGCGCUCAAGACUUGGGAUGGCUGAUCCAUCACCUAGAGUGAACAAUCUGCAAGAUGAAGCAAGUCUUUGUGCGAGAAUCUCUAGGGCAAAGAUCCCAGCUUCGCCCUGCACAAAAGCGGCCAAUUGCGAGAAGAUACCUUGCC